GUCACUGUCAGUGUCAAAAUAUUUGUUUACUUACUUUUUCGGAAUUUCAAUUCGAAUUAUUUUAAUGUAAUUAUUUUAUAAAAUGGAAACUAGAAAAGCGGAAUUAUUACAGUUACAGUCACAUAUCGCCGAGUUUGAUACAGAACUUACUGAGAUAUUGCAGCAUUUGCAGUGGGAUAGAAAGAAUUUGGUUGAGGACUGUCCGAAGGUUGUUUGUAAAUAUAAUGUCAAUCAUAAAAUACCACAAGAAAGUAAGGAAAGCCACGAAGCGCAAUGUCGUCUAGCUCAUAAUGGUUACUCAAAAGAAGAUAAAAUGCUUCCAGACCCACUUGAUCAAAAUGCCAAAACACUUGUACGAUUAAAUAACUAUAAUAUCCAACAAAUUAUUAACCAAGCAGUAAAUACGGACCCAUCAUUCAAAAAAGGAACAGACAAUGUAGAAAUAGAGCCUCAGACACUGGACCGACUGCAGUCCACGUACACGGGUGAUGAGCGGCGAGCUAUCUACGAUGCUGUGGUGCAAGCGGCCCCAUUCUGCCAUGACCUUUCUGAUUUGGCCUUACUCAGUGAGCAAGGCGCAGAAGAUACGAGCAAGAAGCAGAAGUCCCGAGUGGAGAUCCUGGCCGAGCUGCGCGACAUGAAGCGCCGGCGCACCAAGUACCGCGUGGCCGCCAAGACCACCAACUACUCCGACGUGCUGCGUGACGUCAUCAAGACGCAGAUGGAAGUGUAUUCACAUGUAAAGGUGGAAAAACCGGAUGCAAUUUCCUCAAAAGAAAAGCCGCGAGAUGAUAAAAGAAAUGAACAAAACAGGUCUUUUAGAAUGGAUUCAGUCAGAACUAGUGAGCAAAAUAGAAAUGAUCAUAAAAAGCAUAACAGAGAACAAACUCGAAGCAGAUAUAAUGAAGAUAGACCUACUUCGAAAAAGACUGAAUAUGAUGAAGUAGAUUCUAGUAGUAAAUACAGAAGUCAUAGUGAUAGAAAGUAUAAUGAUGGUAAGGAAGAAAGAGAUAGAUAUUUAAGUAAAGAUCGAAGCAGGUACGACGACCGAUACGAUGUAAAUGUUGAAGACCAAAGGGAAAAUCGAAGUCGUAAAAGAUAUCAUGAAGAUAGUGAAAGGUCUGCAAAAACUUCGACGAACGACUAUAAAAAGAGUAGUAAAGAUAAAUACAGAAGUGAAGAAUAUUCUUCUACUAGAGAGCACAAGAAGGAACGACAUAGCCACAGAAGCGGCAGACGUUCUCCUAGUAGAGAACACAGGGAAGAAAAGCAAUAUAAUCACAGAAGUGACCGUUAUUAUUCUAGUAGAGACCAAAAGGAAGAAAAAAAGAGACACAGAAGUGAACGACAGUCUUCUAAUAGAGAACUAAAAGAAGAACAAUACGAAUUGAAGAGCUAUUAUGCAAGUUACGAAUAUGAAUCUGUGAAAGAUAAGAAAAAGUAUUCUGAACACAGAAAAUAA